GCAUGAGCAAAGCGUAUCCCUUGAAUGCCUUUUGCUUGGGGCUCCUAACAGGGUGGGACACGUUCGGCGCUGCUAGCCGGCCAGUCGGCUUUACAUUUUGCCUUGCGCACUAUACGCGAAUUAUUUACUUGCGUAACUCCGUGAGUUUCUUCAUUGUUAGGACAGAACAGGCUUAGGCUGCAUUUCUGGAUAAGGGGUAACACAACUCGAUCAGCGUGACGGAAGACAAUGACCAGCGAGGAGCCCGCCGAGCGCAGCCCUGCUGCCACCAGCAGCGAUGCUAGCGCCCCAGAGCCAUCGCCAUCAGCCCAAAACGCGCCGGCCGCGCAAGCGCCUGUCGAUUACGUGGCCCUGUUUGAGCAAAUUAAGGACAAGCCCUGCCGGGUUGUCCAGAUCAACGAGCGGCUUGAGGGCUUCCAUGGUGGUGCGUUCCGUACGCGGGCUGACAUUUUGCAGCGCGAGCUGGAGCCCAUCUACAAGGCUGAGACGCUGGCUGAGGUUCACCAGGAGUUGGAUGCCGCGGGCCGGCGGCUGAAGCAGCUGGGCGUGUUUGACGAAGUCAACAUGCUGGUCCACGAGGAGCCGCUGAACGACCCCACCGCCUGCACCGUGGACCUCCGCUUGGAGGAGCUCAACUGGUUCAAGCUGCGCGCCGCCACCUACGUGCAGGGCGGCGAGAGCACCAUGGAAGUGGGGCUGGGGCUAGCCAACGUCACCGGCCGGGCGGAGCAGCUGCGGGCGGACGUGGAGUACGGCACGGAGAACAGUCACACGGCGGGGCUGUCGUACAACCAACCGCGCGUGGCGGGGCUGCCGCUGGCGUUGGAGGUGCGCGGCUCGCAGCUGUUCCGCAACAACCAGAAGGCCUCCUCCUUCACGGAGCAGCUGCGGGGGGCGGUGCUGGGGCUGAGGAGCAUGGACGGCUCCCGUGCCCUGGAGUACGAGCUGGGCUGGCGGCGGCUGCUGGACCCCUCGCGAUCGGCCUCACGGGCGGUCAUGGCGCAGAUGGGCGACUACCUGAAGUCCUCCCUCCGCUACACCGCCACACUGGACCGCCGGGACCCCUCCGCGGGCGGCUCCGCAGCCACCCUGGGCGGUGCAGGCUGGGCGGUCCGCUCCACCAGCGAGGUGGCGGGACUGCUGCCCUCCAGCCUGCAGGCGCUGGGGCUGGGAGCGGCUGCGGGGGCAGCAGGAGCGGGAGAAGCAGGGGCAGGGGGUGCGGGAGCAGCAGCAGCAGCGGCAGGUGGCGAGUUGCGUUUCGUUCGUCAGCAGGUUGAUGCGGUGGUGAAUGUGCCCAUGGACGACACGGGCGCGGUGGUGUUUAGCCUGGGGCUGACGGCAGGUCUGCUGCUGCCCUGGGGCGAGGGCGCCAUGGCUCGCCCCACCUGCAUCGCCGACCGGUUCUUCCUGGGGGGCCCCUCCUCGCUGCGGGGCUUCAAGUUCAAGGGAGUGGGUCCCUCCGACGUGCGCCGCCCCGCCCCGGGGCAGAGCGAGCCGCCCGCCCGGCAGGACGCGCUGGGAGGGGACGCGUACACCUCCAUCUUUGCUUCGCUCAUGUUCCAGCUGCCACACCCCGCCCUCAAGCUCAUCCGCGCGCACGGCCACGCCUUCGUGAACGGCGGCAACGUCAUCCAGCUGGCGGGCACCGGCCGCACCCCCAAGGCCCUGCUGUCUGAGAUGGGCUCCAACUUCCGCUGGUCAUGCGGGUUGGGCCUGGUGCUGCCCACCCCCGUGGGCCGCUUCGAGGCCAACUACUGCGUGGUGUUGGCGGCGCAGGAGCACGACCGAGUGAGGCGGGGGCUGCAGCUGGGCUUCGCGGCCGGCGGGUUUUGAGGAGGGGGAGAAGGAGGAGGAGGGGGUUAGGAGGAGAAGAAGGGGUAGAGAGGGGAAACGGAGCAUGUGGCAAGUUGGGGCUCCACCCUGGGAGGUAGAAGGAGGAGGUAGGAGGGACGCGGGUUGAGUUUUGGGAGUUGGGGGAAUUGAGCUUGUGAGGGCUUUGUUUGGAAGGGGCGAAAGGGCGAAAGCUGGCGGCUGUGUAACGGCUGCUGCCCGACGUGUUUUCGUGCGGGGGGGGAGAUGACGAGGGCUUGGAGGAGGGUUGGGAAUGGAUGGGUGCUGCAUGGUGAAAACUCGUGAAAUGGGGGCUUGUCGUCCUGAGGUGGGCGAUGUGGAAACCGCUAGGGAGUGAAGAGGGCUGCGGAUGGGUCGGCGAGUGGGGCUCCUCGGCUUGCUGUUGGUGCUGACGAGGCUGCUGCAAGUGUGCGGGGUCAGUGGUUGGUUGGUUGGUUGUUGUGUGUGGUGUAUCUGACGUUACUGGAGAACGUGAGGCGGGGUCUUGCGGACGCUGUGGGUACUGGGCACCCAGCUUUGAGCCAACCUUGACUUUGCGUAUGUGUUUGAGAGCAUGCAUGCAUGCUUUAGGCAAGCUGCAAAGCUGCGUGUGUGUCAACGUUACAUCAACCAG